UUGGGUUUAAGUACUAUUUUUAAAAACAUAAAAAAAUAUAACCGAUGUCCAAUGUGAAUGGUACCGUGUGUUUUAUCUCGGUUUUUGUUAAGCAAGAACAAAAAUGAUAAGAACCUUGUGUGUUUGUUAUAGAGUAAAUAAUACUAAAUACUCUGUGGCGUAUUGGCGCGUGUGUAUGUUAUCAAUAUUGACAACAUUUAUCAUUUCGUUACCCGCCGUGUGUUCGCUUCGCUCGUAUAUUGUAACUGUUUUUAAAACUACGCUCUAAACCAGAUUUCUUAUAUUGUUUUAAAUUUUUUCGUUGUAUUCCAAUAAUUGACGAUGCUUAAGAGAUUUGCAGCCACUACUCUGUAUGCGAUCCGCCUGCCGAUUAACUGGCAACCGGCGUCCAAUGUUUGUCUUUGUCGGACGUUAGAAUUCAAGAAAAAUAGAUUAGAGAUUGACAAUGAAGGUGCUCUAAAAAAGAUUAGACCCAAAACAGCACCACAGCCGAAAAUUACACUGUUGGGACUAGAAAAGGAUGUAUCUGUAGUCACUAUAGAUGUAGCUUCCAAGAUGUGUGAAAGACGAGGCCUGAAAUUGGUAAAAAUUAUUGAUAUUGAUACUAAAACACAGCGGCCUGUGUACCAAAUGAUGACAGCCAAUCAGUUUCUCAAAGAUGACCAAAAAAGUCAUCAGGAUAAGGAUGAGAAAAAUCGUAAUCAACUCAAAGGGGAUAAAACAGCAUUGAUAAAUUGUCGUAUUGGACAAAGUGAUUUAGAAUCAAAAGUAAAUAAUAUCCGUAAAUGGCUUUCUAAAAUGCAUGAAGUAAGGGUGACAAUCACUGGCGAUACAGCUAAUGAGGUUGCUGAUGAAGUCAUCAAAAUGACUCAGGAGAGCUCAAGAGUUGUUCAAAGACGAGAAAAAGGAAAUACUGUGAAGUUUCAGUUAUUACCUCCAAAAAAAUCUUGAUUCAUAUUUUAGCUAUACCUACCUUACAAAUAAUAAUUUUUUUUUAACUAUAGAUUAUUAUAGGAACCUUAGAUUUAAAUUAAUUGUAACUGUUAUAUUGAGAUUAUAAAUGUUUACAAAUAAAAACUAUUUUAUAUAAAUUA